AUGCUUUCCGGGAUCCUUAUCUUCAACCAAAAGGGCGAGAACCUCAUUUUUCGCGCCUUCCGCAACGAUUGCCGUCCGCGACUUGCCGACGUCUUCCGCAUCCAGGUCAUCUCCAACGCCCAAGUACGCUCGCCCAUCCUUACGCUUGGCUCGACCACGUUCAGUCAUGUCAAACACGAGAACAUCUAUCUAGUUGCUGUAACGAAGAGCAAUGCCAAUGCGGCCCUGGUCUUUGAGUUUCUGUAUCGACUGGUAGGAUUGGGCAAGGCUUAUUUUGGCAAAUUCGACGAGGAGGCCGUAAAGAACAACUUUGUGCUCGUCUAUGAGCUGCUGGACGAAAUUCUAGACUUUGGGUACCCCCAGAACACAGAGACGGAUACACUGAAGAUGUACAUCACAACUGAGGGAGUAAAGUCGGAAAGAGCAAUGGAGGACUCGUCCAAGAUCACAAUGCAAGCCACGGGCGCUCUCUCAUGGCGGCGAGCCGAUAUCAAAUACCGCAAGAACGAAGCCUUUGUCGACGUCAUCGAGGAUGUCAAUCUACUCAUGUCUGCAACUGGCACAGUCCUGCGAGCCGAUGUGAACGGCCAAAUCAUCAUGCGCGCCUAUCUUUCGGGGACACCAGAGUGCAAGUUUGGCCUGAACGAUCGACUGACGCUAGGAGAGGACCAUCUGCAACAACCCUCGGGCAACAAGGCAGGCGCGAAAGCGACAAGAGCAGCCGCGGGCAGUGUCACGCUUGAAGACUGCCAGUUCCACCAAUGUGUGAAACUAGGCAAGUUCGACGCGGAUAGGAUAAUAUCUUUUGUGCCACCGGAUGGCGAAUUUGAACUGAUGCGAUAUCGGGCCACUGAGAAUGUCAACUUGCCCUUCAAGGUGCAUGCCAUUGUCAACGAGGUGGGCAAGACCAAGGUCGAAUACAGCAUCGCCAUCCGUGCAAACUAUGGCUCCAAGCUCUUCGCCACAAAUGUCGUCGUGCGAAUCCCCACACCUCUCAAUACCGCCCGCAUCACCGAACGAACGUCGCAAGGCAAGGCCAAGUACGAACCAGAGCACAACAACAUCGUUUGGAAGAUCCCGCGCUUCACGGGACAAAGCGAGUUCGUCUUAAGCGCAGAGGCCAGUUUGACAAGUAUGACCAACCAGAAAGCAUGGUCACGACCCCCGCUUAAUCUGAGCUUUUCGCUACUCAUGUUCACGAGCUCUGGACUGCUUGUCCGCUAUUUGAAAGUGUUUGAGAAAAACUUCAUCAAGCUCUCCAACAUGAACGCAGACUAUCUAUCUCUCAUCGAUGAGAUGCUUGAAGCCGCACAGGGUGUCUUCCUGUAG